UGCCGUCGUGUGCGCCGCUGCUAGCGCCGCCUGGCGGAGCGCUCGGUCGGGGCUCGCUGUCGGCCGCGCCGGCUCAGACAAGCGCCGAGGUUCGCUGCCGUCGCGCGCGCCGCACCCGCUCCCCGUGUACCGCGGGCCGAUACGCACGUGCCGCGAUAAAAAUACGCCUCGAGAAGUGAGUCGUCGGUGCCGACGGACGGCCAGUGAGCGCCGAGUGAGCCGUUUGAGAGCCGAACCGGCGAGAGGUGUCGGGGAGCCCCAGAAGCGCAGAGGACGGGACUUAUUGUGACGCAGCGCCGAGGCGGACGGUGCGCCAGUGAACCUGAGUUGUGGACGUGUUGUAGUGAGUGGAGAACAGCGGUUUCUUGUGUGAGUAAUCUCCAGCCGCAUGGAGUGGCCGCCGAAGCUGCGUUCCACCUCCAGCCCGUCGUUGCUGGAUCAGGACAGCAGUCACCCGCUGGCGUCUCCGCGCGCGCGGCACACCAUCCAGCGGCUGCGCGAGCACGCGCAGCGCGAGCAGCUGCGGGCGGCACGCAUGCAGCAGCUGGCAGGAGCGCCGCCGCCGCUCAGCCGCCACGUGUCAGAGGAGGCCGCCAGCCAUCUCGCUGAGCAGCACUUUAGCGGUGUGGUGCAGCACCACAGCGUGUCGAGCACCAUGUCCAGCUCGAGCGCCUCCUCUCUGGAGCGCCAGCUGUCCUCGGGCGGCGGCUCGCAGCCCGCGCUGAUGCCGCCGCCCGAGAACGGCUCCUCGGGGUCGGGCCGGCCGGCCGAGGGGCGCGGGAAGCUGUCGCUGCCGCUGCAGCGGGGCGUGGAGCUGGAGCAGCUGCAGCUGCAGCACCAGCUGGAUCAGCACCACCAGCUGCCGUCGCGGCCGCUGCGCAUCGUGUCGCCGCACAUCUGGCAGGGUGACCGCGGCCCGGCCUGGCCCGACCGGCCCGCCUGGGACGCCAUCCAUAACCGGCACAUGGUCACUGUACAGACCCGGCGCGGACGACAGAUCCGUAUGCCCAAGCUGACCAUCCCGCUACUCAGCGUGUCGGACGUCUGGUCACCCUUCUCCGCGACAUCACCUUUCGACGUUGAGAAUGGCGGCGUACACGGACGUGGUGACGGCUCGUCACCGUCCACGGGCCUGGUCCUGCAGAGCCUGCCGCAACGACGCGAGUCGUUCAUCUACAAAUCCGACUCGGACUUUGAAAUGUCGCCCAAGACCAUGUCCAGGAACUCUAGCAUCGCUAGCGAUGGAUGCAGCGGAAUCCACGGUCUCCGCGCAGAGCACGCGCAAUCUCGGUACGUCACUCAGAAAUGA